UUACUGCGGUGGUAUAGCGCAGCAAUGAGGAUCGUUUUGGUUGACUACCUACUGUACAUGCCACAGCAAAUGGGGCUGGGAGAGGAAGUUGGAGACGGUAAAUGUUUGGAUUUGGGGAGGCAACUGAAGAGCAGAUGGGUCAUCUACUGGAGGAUCGUCUUCUGGUAGAAGUGCUGCGAUCUUUACUCCACAGCUCUCCAAGAUAUGAACGCAACCCUUCAGUGCUGCAUCAACCUCAGCGGUUUGGCCGUGGUGCCUGGAGUGGCCUGUCAGCGGAAGAGAGGAUACAGUCUCGGGACUGGGAGUCAGUUCCGGGCCAAAUCUGGAGCAUGGCUGUGCCACAAAGAUUUGGCAAAAAAUAGUACCAACCCACCGAGGUGUUUAGAAUACAGGAUAAAAAGAAGAGAGAAUUAUGAAUUCAUGAAACACCUCUAUGAGCAUUUCAUGUAAAUUGUCGCACUCACCCACUACAAUUGGUUUGCUUUUUUUGCAUUUAAUCAACACUAACAGACAUGUGCUAGUAAUUAUAGUACUUCAAAACAAUACUGAAAUUGAUUUAUCAUUAUUAUAUACAGUAUUUAAUAAGUUUUGCAUGAGUGGGUGGAAAUAGUUGUGAGAGCAUGUUAUGAUUUUUCAUCUAUUGUACUUCACAACCAUGCAUGAUGUUGUAUUUUCUGUGAAUGAAUAAAUAAUCUGCUUGU